AUGGACACCGACAAGAGGUCUGUUCCCAUAAUCUUCGUGCAGCGCUCAGCCCGACGUCCCCUCUCGUGUGGCUUGUGUCGGACCAAGAAGCUGCGGUGUGAUCGCGGCCAUCCCUGUGCCAAUUGUCGCCUGCGCAAGAGUCCCUGUGUCUACGCGGGGCAGGCAAAGCAGAGAGAGCAAGGAAAGCCACAUUCCACGACGGAAUUAUCCUCCGUAACGCCGGAUGUCGCGAUAAACAAAGAUGAGGUACAACAAAGGGUAUUCAAUGGCAGAAAAAAGCCUCGAGAUAUGUCCGAGGUCUUCACCCGGUUGAAAGCGCUGGAAGACGCAGUCUUCUGCACGAGCUCCAACACAGCGCCACAGCUGUCCUCAACCCCAUCGCCCAUUGUGCCCUCCACAGGCUCAGAGACCUCUCGCACAACGACCGGCUUUGGGAACCUGCUGCAUCUUGCCAACCCCGACCACCGCCAGAGUCCACCAGACCUGGCCGUUAUCUGUCGCUGUCUCCCCACUGUAGAGCAUGCCCGCGUGCUCUUCGAUCAUUUUAUCCACAGUAUGCAUGCCAACUUCGGCGUGCUCCAUGUGCCGUGGACUCGCACCGUGAUGGAGGAGAGCUACUACCAAUUUGCCCAUGGCGAGACCCCCGCUGCGACGACACUGCUCCUCUUGCUGAGCAUCUUCGCCAGUGCUGCCUGGGUCUGGACGCCAUCGCUGCUCCAGACACUGCGCGCAGCUCCUACGGAGGCCAAAUCCGCCUACGUCGCCUACAGCCGUCUGGCCCUGGGACUCUUGGAUCACACGGUGUCGCCCUCGACGGCGGCUCUGGCGGCUAUUAGCAACCUCACCUAUCUGCACACCAAUGCUGAGGGACUCCCGGAUAAGGUGCAUUUGCUGCGGGCGAAGGGCCUAUUGAUGGCGCGGGCGAUGCGCAUCCAUUGUUUAGACUCGCCCAAGAGUCGCGAGCAACGCCGGGCGAACGGAAGUGACGCCGUCGAGGUAGAGUUGCAGCGCCGAAUCUGGUGGCACAUGGUAUCCUCGGACUGGCUUCUUGCCUUCUCCGGGGGCUCGCAGGAAUGCACCUACAUCUUCCACCGCAAGCACAUGCUGGUACAGUAUCCCAGAAACGUCGACGACGAGUUCGUCACGCCCACUGGCGAGAUAUACGACUUCCCCCGAGCCAUGCCCACCACUAUGUCGGCGUCGAUCGCGCGCAUCCAGCUGGCUGAGCUGUGCGAGGAAGCUGUGAAUCGACUGCCCUUUCUCGGACUGGGUCCCAACGAUGGUGACUACGAGGCUGUGCUGGCGCUAGAUGUCCAAUUCCAGGAUUAUCUACGCAAUCUGCCCUUCUUCUUCCAGCUGGAUCCGACCAGCAUCCAAGAGAGCCAAUUUAUCUACCAGGAGCGACCAUACAUCGCCUGGCAGCGACUCAUCCUGCAGUUCAGCACCCACUCGCGCCUCUGCUGGCUGCAUCGCCGCUUCCACCUGGCGAGCGCCGUCGAGGAUCGGUAUGUCUACUCGCGCGAAGCAGGCCUGCGCUCCGCCCGCAUGGUGCUGGAUCUCCGACGUCUCAUGGAUGACACGGCGCCGCUGGUCAACAUCAAUCCCUCUCACCUGUGGUCUGUCAUGCAGCAUGUUUUCCAUGCUGCCAUCCUGCUGGCUACCGACGUCUCUCUGUAUCCCACUGCGUCCGACGUCGCCACGCGCCAGGCUGAGGUCCAGGCCGCGUCUCGCUUGCUUGAACGGUCCGCUCCGCAUGUAGAUGGCAUUCCCAGCGUGCUGCAGACGCUGCAGGCAACGCUGCAGGAACGACGGUCGCGCAAGUCUGCACCGGGAACGUCGACCACAGAGUCGACGUCACUAGGUUCUCCAAGACCUCUUUCAACAGCAUCGUCGCACCCGGAGGUUGACAGUCGCGUGUCCGGGUCAUCAUCAUCGUCCACCUCGCCUCCACCGUCGAUGUCCACCGUAGGUGAUGGAGGGAGACAAGAGAUCGGAGAGUCGAGCUGGAGCCAAUUGUGGUCUGAGUUCGUCCAUACCGCGCCGGAGCUGGACCUGCACCAGUGGACGAUGUUGUUGGAUGAUAUUGAUGACACGCUGGGUGAACCAUUGGGGGGCCAGUGGGAUGGACCGGACCAUGUAAUACUAGGGGCCAGUGACUGCAAGUCACCAGAGGCAUGCGGAGCGUAG